AUGGCACCCUCCAACUCCAAGGAUGUCAGCUUCACUCCGCGCGAGAUGGAAGUCCUCGCCCUCGCAUGGCAGUGCAUGGAAACCCAGCCCAAGAUUGACAUGGUCAAACUCGGCGCCCUCGCCGGCUACACUCCCGCCAGCGCCAGCGUCACUUUCGGUAGAAUCAAAUCCAAGAUCAAGCUUCUUGGCGGGUCUCUUCACGACACCCCCGGCACGCCCGGCACGCCCGGCAUGCCCGGCAUGCCCGGCACACCCUCCAAGUCCACGCCCAAGAAGAAAGCCGCUACGCCUGCAUCUACGCCUCGCAAGCGCAAGAACACUGCUGCUGCUGCUGCGGCGGCGGCGGCGGAUGCGACGCCCAGUAAGAAGGGCAAGAUGCUGCGGCGCGAGGAUGAUGUCGAGGAUGAUGACGAGGUUAUUAAGUGCGAUGUGCCUGGUGUCAAGAAGGAGGAGGAGAGUGAGGAUUAUGGGUUUUUGAGCGGGAUCGAGGCGUAUGCUGUUGGUGGUGGUGGUGGGAACUAA